AUGUACUUCAAGAGAAUAUUUCUCGCCUCCGCGACAUGCAUUUGGCUUGCAACCGGAGUUGGCCUAGUGUUGUUCACAACGGUCGGAAUAGCUCCAACCGUCUACAAUGCCGUGGCUGAUGAGAGCCUCAACAGGGCCGGCAAUGGUGCAGCCGCCCUGACUGCCUUCAGCCUGGCAUGUGCCUUCGUGCUAGACUUCUACCUUAUGCCGCCUGUGGUUCAAGUCUUCUCAGCGGUGGUCUUCGCAGGUUUGGCCUUUGCCACAGCCGUGCUCAAGGCGAUUGCCUACCCAUACGCGCCUGGUCUUCUCGGCAUAGGGCUGCCACUAGCCUACCUGGGUUGGCUGCGGGUGCACAUCUUUCCGCCAUCGACUGUUUCCGGCAAAGAGUUUCUUCGGCCACUGUCAGCAACGUUUGGUUGCACUUGCGUGGGAGUUGUCGUAGUCUGGUGCGCUUGGAUCUUCUUGACGGACCGUGGCUGGUCGACGGAGACAAAGAUAUGGCUUACCGAGCAGAACAGCGAGGUUUUCAGCUACCUUUGGCACAAUGGUACUACGCCGCUGGUCUACACUACCCACUGUGGUAGUGGAAGCGAUACAUCAUGGUUUAGCUUAUCAGAGCAGACCGCUAUUCAGGCAGCCUGCACGAAAGCCGCCAAUGUAUGGUUCCUGCAGUGGGCCGGACCAGUCGCGAUUAUUUUGUGCAGCGGAGUCGAAGCGGCCUUUGCCUUCAUCUUCUCGCAGGUGUCACAGAAGCUGGUCCGCGGCAAUCCCGCCGAUGCAGACGAGGAUAGUGUGGCCGUGGCCUAUCUGAAGCAG